AUGGGGGAAUUGAACUUUUUCUUUGGGUUGCAAGUUAAGCAAACCCCUAAGGGAACGAUGAUAAGUCAACAAAAGUGCAUUAAAGAGAUCCUGAAGAGAUUUGAGAUGGAGAGUUCAAAAACUAUUGAUACUCUUAUCACCGCUGCCAUUCAUAUAGACAUGGAUGAACCUAAUUCUCCAGUGAACGAAACCAUGUACAGAGGCAUCAUUGGUUCACUCUUGUAUAUCAAUGCUAGCAGACAUGAUAUUGUAUUUAGUCUGGGACUAUGUUCUAGAUUUCAAUCCAGUCCAAAGGAAUCUCAUCUGAAAGCUACCAAGAGGAUUCUAAGGUAUCUCAAAGUAACGCAAGACCUGGUUCUCUACUAUCCUUUAGGAGAAAAUUUCGAUUUAAUUAGGUCUGUUGAUGUUGAUUAUGGGGGUUAUCUGGUGGAUAGAAAGAUCACAUCUGGCAUGGCACACUUUCUGGGGUCAUGCUUAAUCUCAUGGGGUACAAAGAAACAAAACUAUAUGGCUCUUUCAACUGCAGAAGCUGAAUAUAUGUCAGUUGCCUCUUAUUGUGCUCAAUUGCUUUGGAUCAAGCAAUAA